CCUUGGUCUUGAAAGUUCAUAAUAAUAUUUGAACAUGGCUGGAGAAGAAACACAGGCUCUGCAUAUUUCCGAACCCAGGGACAGAAGUAAGAAACAUGGUCCCUGUGGAUGCGAUACCUACCAUUGUUAUAAAUACAUUUUACUGGCCUAUGCAAUCUUAUUUCUGAUUGUGGGGAUCAUUUGCCUGGUUGCUGGUAUCUGGGGCAGUAUAAUCAAGCAGAACUACCACUCAGUCAAUGAUUUUCUGUCUAGUCCUGCGACAUUAGCUAUAAUCAUUGGUGUAGUUGUCAUCAUAACUGCCAUAUUAGGAAUAGUGGGUGUCAUCAAAGAACAUGUUACUCUGGUGAAAAUAUUCCUGGGGAUCAUCAUCAUUGUGCUGAUCAUCCAAGUCAUUGUUGGUAUCUUAGCCUUUGUCUACAGAGAGGAGAUUGCGAACUCUGAAUUAACGACCAAUCAGCUUCACUUUGCCAUUGAGAAGUAUGAGAAGCGUGAUGAGGUGACUAAAGCAGUUGACAGCCUACAGCAGAAGGUUGGUAAAAGUGCCAAGAACCAACUGAAGUUUGCUCUAGACAAAUAUGCAUAUGAUGACAGUGUAACAUAUGCUGUCAAUCAAAUUCAAGUGAAGUUGAAGUGUUGUGGAAUCGACAACUAUGGAGACUGGGACAAGAAUGAGGCCCUCGGUUGCAAGGGUAAUGGCACAUGUAGUGUUCCUGACAGUUGCUGUAAAGAAAUUGUGGAGGACUGUGGGAAAAAUGUAAGACAAAAUUACAGGAGUAGUGCUGAUGCAGGUUUGAGGUCCACGAUUUAUGUGAAUGGAUGUAAGACUCAGUUCCGCAACUGGGUGGAGACUCAUCUUGAUAUUGUCGGAGCCAUCGUUCUUGGUUUUGCGCUACCACAGGUGCUUGGUAUACUGAUCACAUGGCUUUACAAGGUGAAGCUGGAAGACAGGCAGUUCCUCUACAAAUACAGGCCAGAGCUAUUUACCUAAGAUACGUUGCAACAUCAGCCUAGCUUAUUUGAUGAAAGAACACAAUUUGGAGGGAAGAAACAACAUUUGAUAAUUUUUGAUAUUCAAUCAGCUUAAUCUUCAUAUUUGUUUAAAGAUCAUAUGCAAGCUUCAAUGAUAUGGGAAAGAGCAGGAGUUUGGAGAUCACUAAAUGAAUGGCAAUAAGUAAACUCCUAGAAAGUGCAAUUACUGGCUAUAUCUAUUUAUCCAGUAUUAUUAUCCAAAUGUUAUAAUCAUCCUGACAUCAGAUAUUCAAGCAGUAUAUUAUAGUGCAUAUUGAAGAGUUAAUAGUAAAAUGAAAUCUUCACAAUAUCUAUCAAAUACGGAAUACACAUACUAUGGUGGUCCCAUAUGUGUACAAAUCUGCAAAUUCCAUAUUUGAAAUUUAAAAUGCAAUAUCUGAAAUUGUGCAAUGCUUUAUCUGGAAAAUUACAAUCUCGUCUGAAAUACCUCAAUCCUAUAUCUGGAUUACUGCAAUCCUCCAUAAAUCUCAGAAAUGCACUGCACUUGCCAAUGUAAUAUAAUGUGACUAAUUAAAAGUUGCAGUUCAAAAAUUAGAUGAAAUACAUGAAUAAACCAUGGCCAACAGUUUUGGCUCACUUAUUGGGCGGUUUGAGGAUACUGGAAAGAAUGAAUAAACACAAUAGAUGGUCAUUGUGUACUAUUAUACAGUGAAACAGCUGCAGAUGUUUUCCAUAGCUGUAGAUGUUUUGUAUACAACAAAAGACUCAACACAGCUGAAGAUGUUCAAAGUGUACUAUAAUAGACUUAUCACAGUUGUAGAUGUUUAUAGCUGUAGAUGUAACACAGCUGCAGACAUUUAUGG